AGUUUAAUUAUCCUGUUUCUAGGGUUAGGGCUCCUUGCGAGCAGAGGAAAUUCCGGAGGAUGGGACGGAAGUCCGAGGCCAGAUCGGCCGUGGCGGUGAAGGAAGGGAAUGCGGCACCCGGAGACGAAGAUUACGAGCUGCUCUACUCCAAGGAUUAUGUUGCGAUCCAUCCGAGCUGGAACGAGAGAAUCAAUGGCCAGCUGCGGCUCAUCAAGCAGGGAUUCUCAGUUUUCAUGUCGUGGAUGCCUUCCAGCGAUCCAGGAAGGAAACAACGAGGGCCGAGUUUUGAGAGAGAUAGAAGUUUGUACACUAUCCGGGCUGUUGCUCUGGAAGAGAUGAAGUCUAUAAGACGGCACACGCCUCCUUUCGGCUGGCAGUACAUCAUCGUUGUUUUAAACAGUGGACUGGCUUUUCCGCCCCUGUACUUUCACAAUGGCGGUGUCCGUGAGUUUCUGGGAACUUUGCGGGAGUAUUCGCAGCUUGGGAGGGCUGGUGACGAUCCAAAUGUGUAUCUUGUGAAUGACAUCCAAGAUCCAUUGCAGAAAAGUCUUUCGUCAUUGGAACUCGCAGAUGUUCCUCGGGCGUCACUCAUGCCAAUAUCCAGAGCCACGAAAACUGAGAUUAUGGAGGACAAGCCACAACGCUCAGAAGAUGUUUCGACUAGCAAUGACAAUGUUCAACGACCUCCCAGGCAUAGAGAUCCGAACUUCUCUCUUCACGUUCUGGAAAAGUUUUCAAUGGUUACAAAGUUCGCCCGUGACACUACCACCCAGCUCAUGAAUGGUCUAGAAACCUUGAACGUGGAAAACGCGAAGCGACCUAGCACGCUGACGAUGGAAGCUGUGCCGGAGAGGAUAGUUUCUUUUCAAGAAGCAGCAGCAACCUCAGAGCAAGGUGAGAAUGGAGAAGCAUCCACUAACGUGGGCAGCUUUGAGCUUGUGGAUGGCACUCAGGAGGAUGAGCUGCCAGAUAUUAUGGCGGCAAGAGAACCACCCUUGGGUAAAUCGGAGUGGAAUUCUUUUCUGGAUGGCGAAGGACGUGUUACUGAUCCAAACGAGUUGAAGAAGAGAAUCUUUCGAGGAGGAGUAGAACCGUCUAUGCGACCUUUGGUUUGGAAGUUCUUGCUUGAGUUCUUCUCUUUUGAUUCAACGUCUAAACAGAGAGAUGCUCUGUUAGUGAAGAGAAGAGAAGAAUACCGCGUUUUGAAGGCACAAUGGCAGAGUGUCUCAAUUGAGCAGGCAAAGCGGUUCAGCAAGUUCCGAGAACGCAAGAGUCGCAUUGAGAAGGAUGUGGUACGAACUGAUCGAGCAACAGAAUUCUAUGGUGGAGACGACAAUCCCAACGUCGACAUGCUCCGAGAUAUUCUAAUCACCUAUUCUUUUUACAACUUUGAUCUGGGCUACUGUCAGGGGAUGAGCGAUCUGCUAUCACCAAUUCUUUUUGUGAUGCGAGACGAAGAGGAAGCAUUCUGGAGCUUUGCUUCUCUCAUGGAACGACUGGGUCCGAAUUUCCACCGUGAUCAAAAUGGCAUGCACUCUCAGCUUCUGGCUCUUUCGAAGUUGGUGCAGCUUCUAGAUCCCCCACUGCAAGAAUACUUCGGCCAAGUGGAGUGCUUGAACUACUUUUUCUGCUUCCGCUGGAUACUGAUACAAUUCAAGAGGGAGUUCGUGUAUGACGACGUCCUGGCGCUCUGGGAGGUGCUUUGGACGAGACACAUGUCAGAGCACUUCCACCUCUACAUCUGCGUCGCGCUGCUCAAGCGACACCGGAGGAAGAUCAUGGACGAGCACAUGGUAUUCGAUACACUGCUCAAGUUCAUCAACGAGCUGAGCGGCCACAUCAACCUGGUGUCGACGCUGCACGGCGCGGAAACGCUGUGCAGGCUGGCUGGCGAUGCCGGUGCCGCGUGCAUACCUCCAGGAACGCCCCCGGCUCUGGCUCGCGACCCUGGUGCCGCGUGCAUCAUACCCCCAGGAACGCCCCCAGCUUUACUAGUAGCCCCCGCUCAGUCGUAAGUAGCUCGCUUGGCUCGGCUCGGCUCGACGAGAGAUAGAUUGCGAGGGAGAAGGGGUAUGUAAAUACAUCGUCCGUCUUAUACAUGCGUUUUCCUUGUUUUUGUUUCAGCACAGAUGUUUCUAAACAAGAUCGUUGCAUCCAGAUUUGUCCCCGUA